GCCAACACGUCAUCGGUUACCUUGAUCAACUGCCACCUGCCUAGACACCGUCUCGACUCUGGCGGAGCCUGUUUCCGUCUCUUCCUCUUCGUCAAGACGACUGAUAGAUCUGGGCUCUCAUCUUGAACCGAAGCCCACCAGGACAAGCUCGAACCGUUCCUUCCACGACCCCUGAUUCUUUUUUCCUUCUUUCUCACCCUCGUUGACUUCCUCGACCUUGUUCAACCGCCCCCAUCUUUUCAGAUACACUCUCGCCUCUAACGUCGCGACCGUACACGACCCUUAUUCCAAGACCGAACCCCCCCCCCCCCUUCCCCACGGCGCCGAUAAACCUUUCGCUUGCGACAGCUCUCCCUCUACACAACAUACAUACCAUUGUCACGCACUGGCUUAACUGGGAAUUUGCCCUGCGCAUCACCACCUGGGGCUCCGAGUGCCUGCGGCGGCCACCUUGUACAGCGCAGACCACACCUCGUCGCAAACGUCUUCUCAGGCUCAGAGCUGUUCCGAUACUCCUAAGUGGUAGACAUGUCUGGCCUUACAAAGAACGAUGAUGCUUUCAUCAACCAAUUCGUCGCGUCGGGCGAAGUCUCCCAGCUGAGGGAGAAUGUUAUCGCCGUUGACGCGACAUACUAUCUUGCUCGCAUCCGCGAGAAGGAGCCGCUCGUUACCGCCCUGGGUGGCCUCUUGGCUGCCGAAAAGAACAUCAACGAAGACCUGGAUCAGUGGAAGACCAACGACACGACGCCCUUCUUUAUAUUCGAUGGUUGUCCUGUCAAGGGCGAGUAUGAGCAGUCAGCGAAGAUUGGCCGUGAAGCCAUUGCGGGUGCCGACGCCGCUUGGGCUCUCUACUCCAACGGCGAGGCGCAGCCAGCCGUCGAAGGCUUUGGCUUCUGGUCUG